AUGGCGAUCCGAUUUUGGUGUCCCAAAUUGCAUCAUAGCCGUUUAUUUAGUUUGAGAAAACACAGUUCGACACUUGAUAAACCGCAUGAUUCCAAAUUGAAAAAACACACGGAUAAUGAAUCGUAUCCGUUCGAUCACGGGACAAACGAUUCGUGGAGUAUGUUAUAUAUAGGCCUCCACCUCUACUCGAUGGCCCGCACGAAGCAAACUGCUCGUAAGUCAACUGGAGGAAAGGCUCCUAGGAAGCAGCUUGCAACCAAGGCUGCACGUAAGUCUGCACCAACCACUGGUGGUGUGAAGAAGCCACAUCGUUAUCGUCCUGGUACUGUUGCUCUUCGUGAGAUUAGGAAAUACCAGAAGAGUACCGAGCUUCUGAUCCGUAAACUCCCCUUCCAGAGGUUGGUUCGUGAAAUUGCUCAGGACUUCAAGACUGAUCUGCGUUUCCAGAGCCACGCCGUGCUUGCAUUGCAAGAAGCGGCUGAGGCAUAUCUUGUUGGACUCUUUGAGGACACUAACCUGUGUGCCAUUCAUGCUAAGCGUGUAACUAUUAUGCCCAAGGACAUCCAGCUGGCUAGAAGGAUUCGUGGUGAGCGUGCUUGA